GACGUCAGAGUUAAUAACAUAAUGAGCUCCGCCCAGAAUGCUUUAAUUAAUGAGCCCCUCCUCUUCUCAUUUUCGCCCCCUUAAAAUAAUGUUAGCAAAGUUCCUGGUGGGUUUUGCAGGAUUUCUGCUUGCAGCAGGAACCAAUACUCCACAGACUGGUGCAUAUACAACAAAAGAUGGCUCACAAUGUACUUGGUUUGAUUUAAGGACCAGUCAGUCUAAAAUAUCGCUAGCCACAGCUUGCGUUUGCAGAGAUUACAAGGGACGUCCACAGAGCUAUGGCUGCCAGUACACCGGAGACCUGUACACCUGUGAUGAAUUUAAAGCUCAAACCAGAGACAUAUUGCUAGGCUUAGUGGAUCAGUUAGCAGCUUUAAAUAAUUCUUGCGAGCUCCCUCAGUUGUUUGCUCCUGUGUGUCCUGAGAUACUACUAGAGAGAGAGAUGCUGCAUGAAGUUGAGUCUCCCUGCACUCCCAACCCACCAACUGGCACUCAUCAAGAACUAUAAUUUUAGCAAAAAAACUAUAAACUUUUAAAAUAGCAAUUUAUUAUCUAACAUUGACACAACAGAAAUUAAGUAUCCUAAUAUAAAAUAACCAAUAGCUAUUAGCACACCAAAAAUAACAAAAAUAGCAAAUGUCUUUAAUUCAGCAGUCCCUUUAAGAUUCCAAAAUUAGGACUACCCCAGCCAGAAGC